CACUGAGGGAGAUAAACAAACCAGCACCUGAGAGCUUGUCAUCACUCAGCACUAAGUCUGUUUUGUCUGCCGCAGGGCUCGUCUUGACGUGUACAAGUAUAAAUAGAGGAUGACUGGCAAAUGACAAACCAUAACUGUCCACGGGGGCGAGUUGUGUGUGGAAAUGAGGUCGCAGAUAACGUGGUGCUUUAUACUUCAAAGAAGACCCUGAUAUGCGAUCACGUGCAAAUGAACCAAGUGACUGCCUUCAUCGACGCCUCUCACACCUAUGGCUCGGACAAGUGUGAGCAGCAGCAACUGAGUACCAAGUCGGACGGCAUGCUACGAGGCACACCCAACCCCCUGCGAGGCAAAGACCUGCUGCCCACUGAGAAUGAGAACCACGAGUGUCAGGCUCCCUCUGGCCGGUGCUUCACUGUAGGCUAUUUUGGGCGGAAAGAAUGCACGAGGAAGGAAGCUUGAUCCUUGAUCUUUGCUCGACCUGAAGGGCGUGGUGCAGCAGCUUCCGGGGAAGUCAAAAUAAGGAGAAAUAUAACAGGGUGUGGAGAUUUUUUUAUAUAGUGGAGAUACAUUGAAAUAUAUCAACGAGACCUGUCAUUCCUUUAAUAUUUGUAUAUAUUUGUAUAUAUUUAUUUAUUAGGUUAUUAAAUAUUGUUUUUUUUUAAUUAUGUCAGACCGUGGGGUAAAAGUAACAGCAAUUAAGAUUUUUGCAAUGGGAAAAAAACAGAGAUAUCUUAAUAUUGAUAGAGAAAUGAGUAAUUAAAUAAUAAAUAAAUAAAUAAAAUUAACAAAUUAAUAGACUAAUUCAUUGACUGAUAUGUAAAUGGAUGUGUGUAUGUAUGUAUUUAUGUAUAGUCAAACAGAUAGAUAAAAUAAAUAAAAAAUAAAUAAAUAAAUAAAAGGAAAGAAAUGAUGCAGGUUUUUAAGAGUGUUUUAAUGGUUCUAGUGACAGAUUAGUAAGAUUUCUACAUUAUUAACAGGAGAAACAUUCUUGAUAACCUGUACUGCUUUCAAAAGGGUCUAGUUUAAAUGAUGCAGGUUUUUAAGGGUGUUUUAAUGGUUCUAGUGACAAGUUAGCAAGAUUUUUACAUUAUUAACAUGGAAAACACUCUAGAUAAUGCGAGAGAUCAUAGCAAGACAAUUGUGUUUCUUUUAAUAGAAGAUUGUGUUGUUUGUUGUAUCUGCAAACUGGUGAAUUAAGAAAUACCUACGCUAAUUUAAUCUGCAUUUGCAUAUCUUAUUUACUGUACACGCUAGUACCGGGAUGCAUGAACUGGGUCUUAAUUGGCUUAGUGUGUGAUGUACAGUGUCUGAAAAAUAAUUUGGUUGCCUUCCACUGGUUUUAUUACGCGAAAUAUUGAUACCCAACGACCAACAUGCAGGUAUUAUAUUAAAAAUUAUAUUAUAUUAAAAAUUAACACCACAGCCAGCGAAUUUAGCUACCAUAGGCUCCAGGAAUGAUUGAACUGAAUGAAUCGGCAAGAAAAUAAUGUUUCAGCAUUUCGUAGUGAUGUAAAUAUGGGUAGCAAUAUUUUCUAUCAAUUUUUCUUUUUUUGAAUUCAGUGGCUGUUCAUAAAAGUAAAAAGAAAAGAAUCUUAAAAGAAAUCUAAGCAAAGUUGCUAUAGAGGGUUAUAAUCGGAUAUUAUAUAGUAUUUAAAUCUUAAUCCUUCCUAGUACCGAUGCUCUUUUGUUUGUUAUUGAUGUGAAGGAGAGAGCGUAUCAGUCGUUUAUACACAAAACUUUCCAUUCAGCGUACAAGAUGGUGAGGAAGAACACGUUGGUAAUUAUACACGGUUUUUAACGCUAUAACACUUCUUUACUUGGAUUUUACUAUCAACAACUGUAAGUAUAUGAACACAGGUUGAUCUGAGUAAUGGAUGUGUGCAGAAAGGUAGCGAAAGACUUGGGGAGAGGUGAAAAUAAGAAGUUGUUUUUCCCGACUCCUUAUCCUUGGUGAGUAAUGUUUAUGAAAUCUUGUGUUGCUUCUAGUGUUGCUGUGCUGAGUUAUUUAGCUGUUAUUUUACCCUCAUCCCUCAGAAUUUGUCACUUGUUACCCCCUUACUGGAUCAAGAGAGUGAAAUACGCCGUGUGUACAGGGUAGCUGGCCAGGUGACUCUUGAUGACUGUGUUGGUGAUAGAACCCUGGCAGGAAGAGGUGACGUUGCCUUGGAUAUUCAGAGUGAGGGAGACUGGCAGAAGACACAGAGGAACGACUGUACGAGCUCCGCAAGACAAGCCUGGCCCGGGUGAUCUGCGACGACAGUGAACGCAAGCUACGGUACGUCCAGCCCAAAGUAAUGCUGGAGGCCGACUCUUUCCUCAGAUGAAAAAGGAGCCACUGAGGUGCUGGUCCUUAACCACAAAUAAAAAUAACAAGAAGAAGCAUCGGCCAAGAAGAGAUUACGCGUGGAAAGAGGAAGGAUUGGGGCUCGGCUCACGGCAACAGCACCCGUGUGUGCAUUCUUGGGCCGUUCCGGAUCUGUGGACUUCCGGCGAGCAAAUCCCUUCUUUUAAAGCUGGGUGUUGACUGACCUCUGACAACCUGACUGGUGACUGUGGAUGAGGGGACAAGAGAGCCAGUGUUCCAAGUACCACCACCAUCACCACUGCCACCACCACCACCACCACCAUCAGGAGCACAGAUUCACUGAAGUCUCUACCAAGAUUUCUUUGAGUUUUUUGAUGAAUUUAACUUCCAGGAGAGACAGAGAGAUGCUGAUUGUUAAAGGCAGUGUGUGAAGCCUGCCCACUGUCUUUGUAUAUACAGAAGGUGGAAUUUGAGUCGGCCAAGCUUCAGAAAUGCAGGAAGGAUUAGCGGUGAUGACUGCAGGCUGCCAUCGACCCGCAGGUCAUCACAGGAAUCAAAUGCAGCAUCAGUAUGGCUCACCAAACACUUCCCCUCACACUGGUGGUGUUGACCUGCCUUGUGAACACCUGAUCUCCUGUGCUCCUGUCCUUCACAGCUCUCCAGGUGACAUCAGAAUGUGGAUGAGGGGACAAGAGAGCCAGUGUUCCAAGUACCACCACCAUCACCACUGCCACCACCACCACCACCAUCAGGAGCACAGAUUCACUGAAGUCUCUACCAAGAUUUCUUUGAGUUUUUUGAUAAAUUUAACUUCCAGGAGAGAGAGAGAUGCUGAUUGUUAAAGGCAGUGUGUGAAGCCUGCCCACUGUCUUUGUAUAUACAGGUUAGGGUGUGUGUGUGGGUGUGUGUGUGUGUGUGUGUGUGUGUGAGUGUGUGUGUGUGUUGUAUCCUCCACACUGCUUGUCUUAAUCUAGCUUGCCACACUCCAUGAAGUCAUCCACAGCCUUAUUCUUCCUUUCAUUUGUCUCUCCACAGUCCUAUGAACAGCACCACCAUUCACUUCCUGCCCUCUCCACUCUCCCUAACUCCAAAUCACUUGCACCACAUCUCCACCUCAUAUUUCUGACACUGCAGUAUCAUGUGCUUCACCACCUCAUCCUCCCCAUGGCUCACGUUGCUGCAAGACUCACACCUGUAACUCUUUGCAUUCACAUCCAUACACUGUCCUUGCUUAGAAGAGGUCACCAGCCAGGCUUCCCUCAUACCACCUUUCAUACAUUGGGGGUUCUUGUGUUCUAUUCUGUUCUUCUGUUCAUUCAGUUUAUCCCUCUUCUCUAAUCUAUCUCACUUUUCCACCUUGUAUCUCAAUGUAAUCUGUCCCUUGUUCUGUCAUGGUGAACCUGUCUUCCCUCUAAAGGUCACAGUUUGAAGUGUUCUUGCUGGUCUUCUAGGCUUGUGUUGGGCUUCUCUUUGUGCAUUUACAGAAACACAAUUUAAGUUUAGGUUAUCAGAGUGGUGACAGGAAGAGCUGGUUCUUCCUCAUUAGUAAUAGAAUGCUGGUGCGGAUGACACACAGCUCUGCGUUCCUCUUGAUUCCUCCCACUCCACACCACCAGGCACUAAACACUAUCUACUGUGUUUACUGAUGCAAUUGUUCUGUGGUUUUCCCUGUUCAUUCUUGCUCCUGUGUCCUUCUUUAUGCAACAGAGUCACCCAGCAUUCAUUCUACCUUCUCUGCACUCUCUUCUCUCCACACCUAGUGAAAUAACUCAGUAUUAUCACCCACUUCCCUUUAUUCCUAAACAUACAGCACAGGGUAUCUCAUCUGGCCCUGCUACCUUCCCAAACUUCUGCCUUUUUUUGCACUUUCUUCAUGUCCUGCCUGCUGGUUCUCUCAACUUGCACACACCUUGCCUGUUCAGUGUCACAUAUCAGUACAUAGGCUUCUCCACAGUGGCUCCUUGUCCCUCACCACCAUUCUCUCUGUCAGUCAAGAGGUUCUCCAUCCAUCUCAGCAGCUUCCACACAUGGCACCCUAUCAAAGGCACCCCUAUUUAUUGCCUGUCCAGUGUCACACAUCAGUACAGUGUGUGUGUGUGUGUGUGUGUGUGUGUGUGUGUGUGUUUGAGCAUUCUUGUAUUUUGAUUUUUUUUUUUUUUUUGAAAGGCCACAUUAAUCAGGUCCUCAAAGGUGUUUUUUUCCUGUUUCUAUUUGUUAAACUAUCACUGGAAUCAUGAAAACUCAGUAACUGUAACCUGUUAAACUGCUUCACCAAUUACCAUUCAAUUAGUCCUAACAUUUUCAAACUGGUCGCAUUGUUUGUUUAUUGGUUUUAAAGUUGUAAUUUGUAACAAUACAUUAAUAAAAUUCUCUGCCUCAAAGGAGUUUAGAUUUUAAUACUGAUUGGUACACUGUAAACUUGCAAACGUGUGUGUGUGUGUGUGUGUGUGUGUGUGUUAGUCACCUAUGGUCGUUGGCUGAAUGAUUAACAGGCGAUCGUAGGUGAGAGAGAGAGAGAGAGACUUGAUAACCAUUCACACACAACUAUAAAUUAAAGAAAAAAAAACGAUAAUUUUAAUAAAACACUCAUAACAGAAUAUAUAACAUUACUUAAUACAAGCCAGCAAACAUACCAGCGCAGAUAUAUUAAUAACAAUGACAAGAAAAAAAAAAAUAAUUAGGACUAUGGCUAUGUACUCUGAAACGCUUACUGUAUUCAAAUGUCACAUAGAUGAUUAACCUGACUUUCAAAUACAGUUUUCCUGUUAAUAAUACAGAAAUCUUGUUAAUCUGUCACUAGAACCAUAGAAAACAUCUUUGAAAACUUGUGUAGCUUCAUAGAGUCUAAUUAGCUCAGUAGGGAGGCAACACAGAAUUCCUGAACAUAACUGCCUUGUCUAAUUCCCAGCAGUCGUCCCCAGUCGGCCCCGUUUACCGCUAUCGGCGAGAGAGAAGGGCCGAGCUGUGGAAUGCGGUGUUGGUAAUGGAAAAAAAUGUUAAAUUAUUACUCAUUGGGUGAAAUUACUAUAUAACAUAAGAGAUUGGGUGAUUAGGUAGCGCUGGAUACGUAAUGAUUAGAUUGACUAGGUCUGAUUGGAGUAGGUUCGUCAAGGUAUGGUGAUUUAGUUAGCUAGAUAAGGUGAUACGAUUAGAUUGGGCUGAUAUGAUAUACCAGGCCCUAAUUAGGAUGAUUAAGUGAGAUUGAGUAGGUGUGAUUAGGCUGGAGAGAGCAAUGGGCAGGUGACGCAGUUAAUCUUAUUAGGUGAGAUGAAUAACUUGAUCAGAUUGUUUAUUUAUGUCCGAAGAAAAUGUUUAGUUAAUUGGCCAGUGACAAGUUGCAAAGGUGAUAGACUGCAGGUAACGUUAACAAGCUUGUCAGGAGAGAGAAAGCUUGUUUGUCUAAGUGACUGAUCUGUGAUGCGUUUACUGAGGUGGGAAUCACACACACACACACACACACACGCCCUUAAUAAUGCUGUAUGUCACGUACGCCCAUAUAUGUCCACACCCACGCCCACACCCACACCUACGCCCACACCCACACAUACGCCCACUCAUCGUACGUCUGCCGACUCACGCUCACCCCCAGUCACACACAUUAUUUACACAUUAUUCAUAUAUAUAUCUUUCCCUUCAUGUUUGUAAUGCAAGGCUGUGGUUACCGUAUCGUGCACCACUGGUUGACUUCUUACGUGUGAAAAGAAUAUCGUACGUUACUUUUAUUAUUCAAUUUUUAUAAUGUAUAUUAAUAUGCGCAGUUAGUGUAACGACUGUGUAUCUGCAGCUUGUUUCAUUAUAAAGUGAUGGACUCAAUGUAUUAUAUCUCUUCCUUCUUCCUUCUCUUCCUUCUUCCUUCUCUUCCUUCUUCCUCCUCCUCAUCAUCAUCAUAAUUUCCUCUAUUUUGAUCAUUGUCAGUUCAUAUUUGAUUUUAAAGUGAUGAAGUACGCCAUUUUUCCUCCUCCUCCUCCUCCAUCUUGUCUGAGGGCAUUGGGGCGAGUUGAGGUGCCGGGCAGGUGGCCACGCGCGAGUCCACUCUUACUGCAGACGUGACCGAGGUGGGUGAGCCGGGACGUAGUGAAGGGUAUGGCGUGGUGGUGGCGGCAGCGGCGGUGACGACGGCAGCGGCGGUGGCGACGGCAGCGGCGGUGACGACUUGGGUGUCCUGGGUGGCUUUAACAGUUAACUGUUGAAGACAAGUGUAGCGAGUGUCGGCGCUUGUGUCGGGAGUUCUGAGCACGGCUGUGUCAAUGGAGAUACCGUGAACACACACAGGAAGAUUUAAGAAGUAAGAUGAUGCCACAUAGACAGACAGACAGGUGUGGAAGAAGUGCUGGCAUACUGGAGGUCAAGAGUCACGUGUUGAGUCAUAAAGGUCACCAAGAGAGGUCAUCCACUCAACCCCACUCUGCCAGUCCAGACGCAACACUGUCAUGAAGAUUUGCCUCAAGCUGUUUGCCCCUGUCUGCCUGUCUGUCUGCCUGUCUGUCUGCCUGUCUGUCUGUCUGUCUGUCUGUCUGUCUGUCUGUCUGUCUGUCUGCUUGCCUGCCUCCCUGUCUGCCUGCCUGCCUGCCUGCCUGCCUGCCUGUCUGUCUGUCUGCCUGCCUGCCUGUCUGCCAAUUAAUGAUCUGUGUAUUCUGUUAUACUUGUGAAUACUGUAUGUGUGUGUGUGUGUGUGUGUGUGUGUGUUGUAUUGUUGUGUAAAGUAUAUUAUUGAUUGUAUAGCACAUGUAUGGGCUGGCCAGACCUGAUGUACUGUGACAACCAAAAUCUUGACAUAUACUGCUUGAUAAAUGAAAAGUAAAAAUAGAUAAAUAAAAUAAAAAUUUUGUGCCAAACUAA